GGAGGCGCCACAUCCGGCGGCUGACUCUUCGCGUGUAAAGCCGAGGCCGCUGCAGUCGGCGUCCAGCAGUAGCCCUGGGCUCUUCUCGGCUGCGGGAGCCGCUGCUCCAAUGCCCCACAGCGGCCAUGAGCAUCCCACACUGGUGGGACCAGCUGCGGGCCGGCAGCUCGGAGGUGGAUUGGUGCGAGGACAACUACACCAUCGUGCCUGCCAUCGCCGAGUUCUACAACACGAUCAGCAACGUCUUAUUUUUCGUUUUACCGCCCAUCUGCAUGUGUUUAUUUCGCCAGUACGCAACAUGCUUCAACAGUGGGAUCUACCUAAUAUGGACGCUCUUAGUUGUAGUGGGAAUUGGAUCCGUCUACUUCCAUGCAACCCUAAGUUUCUUGGGUCAGAUGCUCGAUGAACUUGCAAUCCUUUGGGUUCUGAUGUGUGCUCUGGCCAUGUGGUUCCCCAGAAGGUAUCUACCAAAGGUCUUUCGGAACGACAGGGGCAGGUUCAAGGCGGUGGUCUGCGUCCUUUCUGCCGUCACGACAUGCCUGGCGUUUGUCAAGCCCGCCAUCAACAACAUCUCUCUGAUGACCCUCGGGGUUCCUUGCACUGUGCUGCUCAUUGCAGAGCUAAGAAGGUGGGUGCCUUUGUUUUUCCCGCCUGCCCCUUAG